CGCACAUCACAAUCACUAGCAUUUUCUUACUACCGCGGUAGCUCAGGUGUUCUGCUCCACCGUGCCACCCUGUGUCCAAUGACUCUGCUAUGGGACCUUCGGGGUCCACCUCGAAUGACGAUGACUGGAUCGUCUCGGCACGCCCAUCGUUGAAGAAAAAGGCGUGGGUUUGCGCGCCCCUGCAGAAAGAUCUUUAAUCUUCAGCAUUUCUCUCCUCCUCCGUCGACAGCGACGUCCAUUCCUUUUUGACUACGUUCAGGCGCAGAACGCUGCUGUUGAGCACGACGACUUCGCUGUCUCCGGUACGUGACCCCGCAGUAAUCCAUGACUAAACCGAUGGCAGGCACAAUUCCGAGCAAUGAGGGGCACCGAAGCUCCGCGGCCUUGGUGAGCCCGAAUUCGCAGCCACAAGCCAACGGCGCCCAGCAUGCAGACAUUCUCCCUGUGACUAAAUUCCCGGCCCUGGAUACUAUCGAUCCCUAUGCCGUGGACAGAUCGCUGGGUGAUGUGGUGGCGAAUAGUCCCUUGGCGGAGCUUCUCUGCAGCGCAGACGGCCAGGAUGUCGCCAACGACCUCAUCCAGGGAUACGCCCGCUUUAUUUCGAAUUUCACCGGGCUCGAGGACGUCGCGUACCUUCUCUCCCGUUAUCCGACCCUGGAAGCGGUGUCGGAGCCCGUGCGCGACGUGGUUUGUGCCUCUGUGUUUUGGUCAGAGUCGGCCCAGCGACCGGGCGACCUGAGUACCUGCACAAUUCGCCACGUCGAUGAGAGACUUUACAACAAGGAUGAAAUCCAGUUCUCUUUGGACUUGGGAGCCAAUUCCGAACCUGAGAAUGGCGAGAAGAACCUCUCUAGUGUCCAAGAAAAUCAUUUCAAACUGCGCAUUAAACCCACUACCAACAACAGCGCGCUCGCUAUCAGUUUCACCUACCCGAAGCGACUUAUCCCCGACCAAGCAGUACAGCAGGUGUUGAACGCACUGGCAGCUUGCCUGGCGAGCUCUUCAACAUUCCUCUCACUCGAGACGCCCCAACCCGAGCUAUCGAUAAUUAAUUUCCCAUCUCUUACGAUACCCCCAUCAAUAGAUUCUGAACAGAAUGGGGAUGCUGGGCCCAGCAGCUCCCAGCGAUCCCUUCUUCAUGCCGCUUUCGAGGGCUGGGCCCGUAGAAAGCCUAAUGCCAUCGCACUCGACUUUGUGCACUCCUUACCCUCGUCGACAUCCGAUGCGGAACACAGUAUUCUUACAUACGCUGCUUUGGAUAACGCUGCUUCCAAACUGGCUACCCAUAUCAGAGCCUGUCUGGCCAGUAGCAACUCCGCAGACUAUGGACGCAUUAUUCCUGUUUAUAUGACAACAUCCCCCGAGCUCUAUAUCUCGUAUCUUGGUAUCCUCAAGGCGGGUUGCGCAUUCUCCCCGAUCCCCCAGGAUGCGCCUGCUCAGAGAGUGCUGGAAAUUCUCGAAGACAUUAACUCUCCAAUCAUCCUUGGAAACAGCCCUGAGCCCUCCUCUUGCCCUUGGCAAGCCGACGCAAAUCAGGAGGUGCAAUACUCCUGGGUUGAUGUGGCGGAGGUGACCGGGUGGAAGCAGUUGCGUGGUGAUCAGGUUCUGACGCCCGCUUCAGAUGACCAGCUACGCGAAUUGGAUAUUCAGAGCGAUCAGACUGCUUAUCUUCUGUUUACCAGUGGCUCGACCGGAAAGCCCAAAGGUGUCCAAGUCAGCCACUUGGCCGGGGCCUGCUCUAUUCACUCCCACGCCACAACUAUUCCUCUCCCUGGAAACGCCAUCGGAGACUUCAGAUGGUUCCAAUUCGCGUCUCCGACCUUCGACCCGUCGCUCAUGGAGAUCUUUGUGACCUUGAGCUGCGGUGCAACUCUUUGCUCUGCAGACCGCAGCCUGACGUUGACAGACCUGGAAACAACGAUCAGCGAGGCAAGAGCUACGGUCAUGAUGGCAACACCCAGUUUGGCUGCACUUCUUAGGCCAUCCCGCCUGACGACCCUUGAAUCACUCUGGACGAUGGGUGAGAAACUCAACCGAACGGUGAUUGAGAAUUUCGCAGCUCAGCCCAAUCCCGAUGGUGCUUCGAGAAUGCUGGUCAACGCCUACGGGCCUACCGAGGGAGCCAUCAAUUGCACCUUCCUUGCUCCGUUCGGCUACUCCAUCCGUGGCUCUAUCAUCGGCAAGGAGCUGCCCACCUGCGCUAUGUUUGUUUUGGAUCCCAACAGCCACGAACCCAAGGCUGUUCCGGCGGGUCUCACCGGUGAACUAGCGAUAGGAGGGCCUCAAGUUAGCAAGGGCUACUUGAAUCGGCCAAAGGAGACCGCUAAGUCCUUUGUUCACAGCUCCGAGUUUGGCUACCUCUAUCGCACCGGUGACAUGGCUCGUAUUGUCUGGGAUGAAACCGGCUCGCAGGUCAUUGAAUUCCUGGGCCGUAUCACCUCUGACCAGGUGAAAAUCAGCGGUCGGCGCCUCGAACUCAGUGAAGUGGAAUCGGUUGUUGCGACGGUUGCAGAUGUUACAGAAAUUGUCACGGUGGUGUCCAAGCGGGACAACAACGUACAAGGCAGCGAGCAGAUCGUUGCAUGCCUGGUCGCACCUGGCGCUAGCGAGGCGAAAAAACAAGACAUCUUGCGCGAAGCGCAAGAAACAGCGCAGCGGCAUCUGUCCUCCUAUAUGUGCCCGUCCGCCUACACCUUUUUCGAUUCACUUCCCAGAUCUAGCUCCGGCAAGGUCGAUCGCAAGGCAAUCGCCGCCAAGCUGCAGCAAGGUGAACAGAGCGGCCUCCAAAUUUACGGUUCCCCGAAAUCUGCACUGUCGAACGGCACGUCAGACGACUGGGAAGCAACAGAUAACCAAGACGUCACGUCGACACAGGAUCUUGUGAUUCAGCUUAUUUCGGAGACGACCGAAGAAGACAGCUCCAAUGUCAAGGCUGGAGCUGACCUCUACUCUCUUGGGAUCGAUAGUCUUGGAGCCAUGAGACUGCUGCAGAAGCUUAGAGAUCAUUCCAUCGAGGGCUUAGCAGUUGCCGAUGUCCUGCAAUCGGGGACUCCAAAGGGACUGGUGUCGAUUAUCCUUGAGCGCCGUCAACUAAACGGAAAUGCUUCGGCCAAUGGUAUUCAAUCCGCCGAUCAGACCCUUCGUGAGAACUUGCAAUCCUUCUCGGACCGGAAUAUCCAGACAUGUGCAGAGCGUCUUGGUUUGACACCAGAGAAUAUCCAAAGUGUCUUACCCACCACGGCAACACAGUCUGGUAUGCUGGCAAGCUUUUUGCGUAGCUCCGCUGAUAAGUCCUUCGCAACUCGAUCUUAUAUUUACCACUCCGUUCUCCCCCUUGAGCCAGAGAUUGACAUUGAGCGCAUUAAGACCGCAUGGCAAACUACAGUUGCUAAUUAUGACUCUUUCCGAACCGUCUUCUGCUGGCUUGAUGACGACAUGGCUCCAUUCGCUCAGUGCCUCCUUGAUAACCAGGCGGUACCUGAAUCGGAUUGGAGUGUUUAUGAUGCCCCUGCCGUUGCAAGUUCAGGUGAAGAAGAAAUAUUGAACAAGGCGUUGCGAAAUGCAGAGGACACCAUCAAUUUAAGCACGCCACCUUGGAAGCUGUCUUUGGUUAAGUCAGCAGACCGAACACUCAUUAUACUGAGUAUGUUCCACGGAAUCUUUGACGGAGGCUCACUGGAGCUUCUCCUUGAGGACGUUUCUUCCGUUUAUGCCGGCAAGCAGGUGGCCAAGCGGACGUCACUUGAGCACAUUGUCAAGCACCACUUUAGCGCCGACCAUGACGCGACCUCUCAGUUUUGGUCGAACCAUCUUGACCAGUACUCGCCCGUCGUAUUUCCGUCAGUCACUCCCUAUCGAGCUCUGUCAACCAAGACAACAGAUCGGGUGGAAAUCGUUGCCUCCACAAGUUGCGACGACCUGAAGAAACAAUCCAAGAGCAUCGGCUCGACUCCUCUGGCCGUACUUCAAGCUGCUUGGGGCUCGGUCUUGCUUGCUUACACAGGUACUCCUGACCAGGAUGUCGUCAUGGGUAGCGUUGUGUCUGGGCGACUUGAUCCAGAGUCGGAAAUCUGCAUCGGCCCUACCUUCACAACUGUUCCUAUUCGCUUGGCCGUCAACCAAGUCAAGCAGGAGUCUCAAGGAGUCUGGACAAAUAAAUCGGUCACUCGCCACCUAACGGCGUUGAAUGCGCAAACACUAUCGCACCUCCAACCUCGUUUGGGCUCACUAGUGACAGCCGAUGGCCGCCUUCCAUACGACACACUCUUGGCCUACCAAGAUUUCAACGCUGGAUCCAGUUCAAGUGGGAUCUGGAGUUCUAUCGACCACCCACCGAUGGCCAACGACUUUGCGGUAAUGAUCGAGGUUUGGCCCGGUGCCGACUCCUCUUUGACCUUCCGUGCUAGCUUCAACGAUGCCCAUCUUGAUUCGAAGGCAGCCGAAGCCAUGUUGAAGUCGAUGGCCGAUAUUGUGGCAUACAUUCUUGGAAGUCCAGAUGGGAACUACCAGGAUGCAUCGUCGCACACUCAGCCUGAACUCAAGUCCUCGUUCAACCCCGGUGCCAAGGUUGUUGAUGAAGUAUUAGAAGGUGCCUUGAUCCAUACUAGAUUCGAAGAUCAUGCGGAAUCUCACCCCGAUGAUCUGGCCUUGAUUUUCAAGGGUGAUUUGGAUGAUGAACACAGCCCUCUUAACAUAACGUGGACUUAUGCUCAGCUUAACGCGAUUGCCGACGACCUCGCAGAGCAUCUUCUUCAAGCUUAUGGCCCUCUGACGAACACACCGGUGCCUAUCUGCAUCGAGAAAAGCCCUGCGUUGUACGUGGCCAUUCUGGGAAUUUUGAAAGCGGGAGGAGCUUGGUGCCCCAUUGACACCCUUUCCCCUGCGCAACGUCGCCAUGACCUUAUAGCACGAACUGACUCUAAGGUCCUUCUGGUCUCCUCCAACGAUGGUGCACAGCCCGAAGGCUGCAUUCCCGCCGGUGUUGACGUGGUGGAUGUUCACCAAUUUAGCCAAAAGAGCCCUUCUGAAGCCAAUGGACUGAAGCGAAACAACACGAAGCAAAGAAGCAACCCAGAUAGUAUGGCAUAUCUGAUCUGGACCAGCGGUACAACAGGAGCACCAAAGGGCGUGCCGAUCAAGCAUUCCGCUGCCGUUUCAAGUAUGAAAUCUCUAUUCAAAGACAUUCCGCAAAACGCCGAUGGUAGCACCGUUCGAUGUAUGCAGUUCUCGCAGUACACCUUUGAUGUGUCCAUCCAGGACUUCUUCUACACCUGGGGCUUGGGAGGUGUUCUGAUCUCUGCCUCGAGAGAAAUCAUGCUGGGAUCAUUCCCCAAGCUUGCGAACUUAACGAAAGCGACACAUGCUCAUCUCACCCCCGCGUUCUCAGCUGGUAUACCUAGGAAGAGCUGCGAGACACUCAAGGUCAUCACAAUGAUUGGUGAAAAAUUGACCCAACCUGUUGCCGACGACUGGGGUACCGAUAUGCGAGCUUUCAACACGUACGGUCCAGCCGAAGUCACUAUUGUCUCCACUGUCAGAGAAUUUGGAAACGAGCACAAGAAUGUUAAGAGUGCAAACAUCGGAUGGCCGAUGGACACAGUUUCUGUAUUUGUGACCAAGAACCAGCGGAUGGUGAUGAAGAAUGCGGUGGGAGAGCUGGCCUUGGGCGGGCCGCAGCUUUCCCCUGGUUAUCUCAACCAAGACGAUGUCACCAAAGCCAAGUACGUCUGGAACGAGGAAGCCGGACAAAUUUUGUAUUACACCGGUGAUUUGGUUCGCAUGCUUGCGGAUGGUUCCCUUGAGUAUAUCAACCGUGUCGAUGAUCUGGUCAAACUUGGUGGUAUUCGAGUUGAGCUGAGUGAGAUCAGCUUCUCUCUCGGCGACUGCCACCCUCUUAUCGAGAAUAUCGAGACACUCAUUCUCAGCCGUCCCGAUAGGCCUUCCAAGGUGGUUGUUUCUUUCCUCUCUGCGCCAGGUGCUGCAGGCCCUGAAGACGAAGGGCAGCUUCUUAUUCUGAACGACAAAUCCCUCGAGGUUGCUCGCUCUGCUAGUGACCAGGCACAGGCUACCUUGCCAGACCACAUGAUUCCUUCCGUUUAUCUAGUGGUAAAGAACAUCCCGAGAACUCCAUCCGCUAAGACCGAUCGUCGGGCACUCCAAACAGCAUAUGCCGAAGUUGACAUUGACAAAUGGGACGGCGACCUGAAUCCCGAAAACGGUGCUAUUGAUCAGUCAUCUGAAGAUCCGGCCGACGCGGCAGCAGCAGCAAACAUUGUUAACAUGAUAGCAUUGCUCGCUGAUAUCUCACCAUCCAUUAUUACGAAGGCUAGUCGGUUGGGCAGCUUGGGUAUUGAUUCUAUCCGUGCCAUUCGUCUCGCUUCCAGAUUGAAGGAAGCCGGCCACCAGAUCUCGGUUGUGGAGGUUCUUAACUGUGUCACUGUUCAAGAUCUUAUCAAAUUGGCCUCUACUGCCGAUGCAUCUAAGGCUACCCAAGAGACAUUUGAUCUGAAUGCCUUCAAUAGUGCCUGGCACGACGUGGUUUCUGCCAAGGUGCAGGACGAAUUUUCCACUGUGCGAGCAACCACUAUCCAAGAGAGUCUGCUCAGUGAGACUAUGGGAACAUACAACAUGUACUGGAGCAACCAUUUCUUCUCUCUCGAUCAGUCCCUGGAUAUCAACAGACUUAAGCAAGCCUGGUUUUCUGUUUGCCAAAAGACCGAGGCAUUGAGAACUGGAUUUAUUCCUGUGGCUGAAGUUGAUAUUGGCGCUAAACAACAGAAUUCCGACUUCUCCAUGUUGCAAUUGAUGUACAAGCUCCCCGAUGUUGACUGGCAACAUCUCGAAUGCAACGAGCAAAAUUGGGUCGAGCUGCGGGACACCCGUAUUGAACAACUUAUGCAAAAGCACCAGAGCAACUACUUCAAGAGUCCCCCAUGGGCUGUGACUGUACUCGACAAAGGAGAUGAAAGAACCAUGUUCCUGACGAUACACCAUUCCAUUCAUGACGGGCCUUCGCUUGGUCUGAUCAUGGAUGACGUACGUUCAGCCUACGCCUAUAAGCCACCUUCGAGACACCAGCUCAGUGACGCUCUUUCCAUCACUCUUCCCACAGAGCAGAAAAGCAAAGACACUCGCAGCUUCUGGGCAUCCGAAUUAGAAAAGUUCUCUGGGUUGGAAGUGCCAGUGUGGCCUGAUCUUACUGGAAUCAGACUACAGCCAGGCGAGGUCCAGGAACACAGAUUCAUUGCAGAAGAAUGUGUGCUUUCAGAGCCCGUCUCAAAGCUACAAGCUGCCGCUGCUCAACUGGGCGUGUCGUCCAUUGCUUCCAUCAUCAGAGCAGCAUGGGGAUUUGUCUCUGUCGGCUACCUGAGCAUCCCGGCUACUGUCUUUGCAGAGACCCUCUCCGACCGUGUUCUCCAUGCCGAUCUCGAAGACAAUGUUGGUCCAUUGAUAUCUGUUGUGCCGAUCCCCUUCCACCCUCAAGGAACUGUACGAGAGCUCCUGGCCGAACAGCACCGACUUUCCGUUCAAUCAUGGAAGCACCGCCACAUCCACGCUCGCGACGUUCGCAAAAUGCUCAACCGUCCCCGAGGAGAGCCUUUGUACCCAGCAGUCUUCAAUUUCCACGUGGCAGGCGACGAAACCAAGAGCUCGCAGCCCCAGACCUGGCAAGAGCUUGAGGAUCAAAUUGGCUUGCAUGUCGAGCACCCCAUGGCCAUGAAUGUUUUCCAGCGUGCAGAUGGUUCUCUUGUCUUAGAAGCAUCUUCAGACAUUGCUCUGAUGAACAAGCAUCAGUUGUCACUCUUCGUCCGUCAAAUCGAUGCUCUGGUUAGCGCGAUGCUUCAGUUCCCUGAUGAGCAGGUGUCAAACCUUGGCAACCAUGUUACGGCAAACCUGCGCUCUGUGUCUAAUCGGCCGGUCACUGACCUGGUGGCAAACUCGAUCUAUACCAGCCCGACGUAUUGGUUGGAGCUCAAUGCCAGAGAACACCCAGAGUGGACCGCCGUUGAGGUGGCCACUAACAUAGCUCCGAGCGGUAUCGAGAAGGAGAUCAUGACAUACGGCACGCUGAACGCUGAGGCUAACCGCGUUGCCGCUUUCAUUGCCUCGUUCGGUCACAAGAACAGAAUGAUUGCGGUCUGCUGUGGACGCAACAUUCCCUCAUACCCCGUCAUCAUCGGUAUCUUCAAAUCCGGAAAUACCUAUCUGCCCAUUGAUGAAGGUCUUCCGGCUGAUCGAAAGGCCUUUUUGAUCGAGGAUGGUGAUUGCCCUCUUGUUUUCACCGAAUCAACGUUCUCGGCGUCGUUUUCCCGCAUCCCUGAAACUUGUCAGAUCUACCGUACGGACGAUCCGGAAUACCAAAAGUUGGUAGCGCCAAUGCCCGCUGAGGAUCGCGACUACCAAUCCCAUCCGGAUGAUCUGUCGUACCUUUUGUUUACCUCUGGGUCUACGGGCAAGCCUAAAGGCGUCAUGGUCACCAGGGCCAAUCUUUCUUCAUUCAUCGAGUCAUUCACAGACUUCAUUGUUAAGGCUGCACCCAGAACGCUUACACUGGGUGGCACUGGCAGACAUCUUGCACAAGCUAGCCGGGCCUUCGAUCCUCACCUGGUGGAGAUGUUCUUCCCCUGGCGCCAGGGAAUGGCCACUGUGACAGCUCCCCGAACCAUGAUCCUCGACGAUCUGCAGGUGACUCUUGGAAAAUGGGAAAUCACCCACGCAAGUUUUGUUCCUUCCCUGGUUGAUCAGGCAAACAUCCUCCCAGAGCAUUGUCCUAAGUUGGUGUACAUGAGUGUUGGAGGUGAAAAGAUCUCUCAAAAGGUAUUGGAUGCGUGGGCCACUUCACAUAUCGCCCUGGCCAACGCGUACGGCCCAACUGAGGUGACUAUCGGCUGCACAUUCGCCCACGUGGGCCGUGACACCAACUUGCGAAACAUCGGACCUCCGUUGACGGCCUGUGUUUGCCAUGUUUUUGUCCCUGGUACUCAGACGUAUGCGCUCAAGGGUCAAACUGGUGAGCUUUGCUUUACUGGUGAUCUCGUCGCCAAGGGAUACCUCAACAGACCAGAUGCAACAGGCUUCACCACCGGUCCGAACGGCGAAAGAAUGUAUCGAACCGGUGAUAUUGGACGAUUGAUGUUUGAUGAUUCGGUGGAAUACCUCGGUCGUGGUGAUGACCAGACCAAGAUUCGUGGACAAAGAUUGGAACUUGGCGAAGUUUCCGAAGUACUUCGAUCAUCCUCCACUGUUGGAGUCGAUGUCGUUACAAGUGUGGCUAAGCAUCCUGGUCUAAGCAGAGUACAGCUCAUCUCCUUCAUUGCACGAUCGGACGCUCGUCAACGUCAAAAGGGCGGCGAAGUCGCGUUCGUUCAAUCUGAUUUCGCAACACUGGGCAAGGAAUUGCAGGAAAUCUGCAAGAAGAAGUUGCCGGGAUACAUGGUCCCCGAACUGAUCUUGCCCAUAACAUAUAUUCCACUGGCACCAAUGUCUGGAAAGGCCAACUUGAAGGACCUGCAUGCAUUGUUCUUCGGUCUCCCCCUUGCUGCUGUGCUUCAAGGAAACAACGCAGGAAGCAUCGACGGCACAGCCAACACUCGACCCCUCACUGCCGACGAAGAGGCCGUGGUCAAGGAAAUAUGCUCCGUUAUUUCCAUUGACUCCUCGGCCAUUGGACCUCUGACAAACAUCUUCGAAGUUGGCCUCGACAGUCUAAGCGCCAUAGGCCUAUCUAUCAAGCUGCGGAAAAUCGGAUACGCCGCCACUGUUGCCCUCGUAAUGAGUAACCCCGUCAUCGAGCAACUCGCCCAUUUACCCAGAACCUCCUCUUCGUCUAACUCAGAGGCUGUUGUGUCCAAGCUGCGUCAAAACCUCGCAGAUAUGGAAUCAUCGUACCGCCAGAACGCUCCGACGGGUGUAGAACUGUCAACUGUGGCAUCUAUCAGACCUUGUCUGCCACUUCAGGAGGGACUUGUGGCACGCUCGAUCAACAACGAAGGCGAUCAGCUCUACAUCAACCACAUUGUUCUUCGGCUUGAAGAUAAUGUUGACACUGCCCAGCUGAGGUCCGCAUGGCAAACUGUCGCCAGGGACAAUGAGAUCAUGAGAACUUCAUUCUCUCCUCUGGAGAAAGAGGUUGUUCAGGUGGUGUUCUCAGCCGACUCUCAUGAAGUCCGUUGGGAAGAAGACACGUAUGAGAGCUUGGAUGAAUCCACCGAGAAGCUCAGAGUACAGCAAGCACAGAUUUCCCGUGACAUUAUCACGAAUAUCUCUACGGUUCCCCCAGUGCGAUUCCAUCUGGCCAAGUCUUCAAGUACUAACCAGCCAUUGGCCCUCUUCAUUUCCAUUCACCACGCUCUUUACGAUGGUGAAUCCUUCUCGAUGUUGCUAGAGGACGUCGCAGCACAAUACGUCAAGGCCCCCGUUCCGCAGAGAGGUGCACCAGCGGCGUUCAUCGAGCACGUCUACACUCAGGAUACAGAAAAGGCAAAGAAGCACUGGACAGAGUAUCUGGGUGGUUGCCGACCAACCCUUUUCCGCACCGAUUUCAACUUCCUAGAGCAUCCGCAGUUCGUUUCAAGAACGCUCGGCAAUAAGCUUUCUGACCUAGAACGCCGGUCAGCCAGCCUCCAGACGACUGUUCCAUCCUUGGUGCAAGCCAUUUUCGGCCUUCUGCUGGCCGAUGCCGUUGGGGUUUCCGAUGUGACUUACGGUCUUGUUCUCUCUGGCCGAGCGGUCGCUGUUCCUGGGGCUGAUUCUGUUAUUCUUCCCUGCAUUACGACCAUCCCUGGCCGCCUUAAUACUAACGACCUGACCACCGUUACUGAAGUCGUUGAACGGGUUCAGAAAUCGACAGUGAGAUCGCUCGAGUUCCAGCACACCUCUCUGAGACACAUGCAGCGCUGGCUUAAGUCCGAAACGCCUUUGUUCGAUUGUCUUUUCUCAUACAUUCGAGCGACAACGCCUUCUCAGCACAACAUCUGGCGAGAGUUGGACAGUCAAAUGCCCGCGGAAUAUCCUCUGGCUGUUGAAGUCGAGGCCAACAGCUCCACGGACAGUGUCAACCUGAACUGUGCAUUCUCAUCCAUUUUCAGCGCUGCCUACAAUGGCGAGGAAUUCCUUGAGAAGAUGGAUGCUGUUCUAUCUAGCGUCGUAUCUGGUGAAAUCCUCUCGUUGGACAACUUCAACCUUCCCCAGUCCGAAGGAACUGGAUCUCGAUCCCCGGCUACCCAGUGGGACGAGACGACAUGGUCUGCUACGGAAACUAAAAUCCGCGAAAUGACCAAGGACUUCUGCGGUCUGUCUUUGACGGAUGUCACUAAAGGAGCUUCCUUCAUCAGCCUCGGUAUUGAUUCCGUCACUGCUAUCCAAUUUUCACGAAGGUUGCGGGAGGCUGGACUCAACGCGUCUUCUUCUGAUGUUAUGCGCUUUUCUUGUGUCGGUGCCUUGGCUCAACACGUCGACGUAACCUCUGGUGAUGGGCAAACUCUGACAAAUGGCGCAAAUGGAACCAAGAGAGCCGCAAUCCCAGCCGACGUCUACCAGAAGCAUGUUCGGCUCCUUGGAGAGAAUGAUUCGGUUUCGGCAGUUUUCGAGUGUACCCCUUUGCAAUCAGGAAUGAUCACUCAGACUCUUGGCUCUGCCGGUCAAGUCUAUGUCCAUCCCCAUCCGGUCAGACUCGCUGACUCUGUGGACAUUGCCAAAUUGAAGAACGCCGUCUCUAAUGUCAUUCUGAGUAACGAUAUCCUGCGCACUUCCUUCCAUCUGAUUGCGGAGCUCGGACACUCAUGGAUCGGAGCUGUCCAUACACAGCCUCCUUUCGAGUGGAAGGAGAUCAGUCUUCCUUCUGACGCUGAUGCUCUUUCGGAGGUCAGUGCGCUCUUUUCGUUCGCAGAGGAAUCUUCGUUUGAAAUCCCGCCGAUCCGAACAGUUUUGGUCGAUCAGCCGGAAGGAAAGCUUUUGGUGGUCGUUAUGCAUCACGCCCUUUAUGACGGUGCAUCGCUGCCUUUCUUCUUCGAAGAUCUCGCAAUGGGAUACAGCGGUGACACUCAGCGCGAGAGGCCGCAAUUCUCAGAAACAGUGGAACACAUUUUGAAUGGACAAGAAGACUCAUGCAAGUUCUGGACUGAGAAGCUGCUAGGAUACGAGGCCGUUGAAGUUCCUCAGCUGCCUUCCGAUCAGGCUUCCGAUCGCAUGUUCCUCUCGGAACACCGCGUCGACCUUGACCUGCCUACAAUCAUUGAAUCUUGCAAGAGUAUGGAAGUCACUGUUCAGAGCAUUGCUCUCUUGGCAUACGCCAAGGUUCUCGCCCGUGUUCUCGGAAAGCGUGAUGUUGCAUUUGGACAGGUUCUGGCCGGUCGCUCUCUACCGACACCAGGAGCCGAGCGAACCCUUGGUCCCUUGUUCAACACGGUCGCACAAAGAGUCACUUUCGAGCCCAAAUUUUUGAGUAACAAGGCAAUGGCGUCUCGAUUGCAGCAGCUGACCGCAGAUGCUCAAGUCUAUCAGCAUGCGCCACUACGAGUCGUCCAGAACUCAUUGAGACAAGCUAACGAACUGACAUCAACUUCUCUCUUCGAUACACUUUUCGUUUUCCAGAAGAGUGCAGACUUUGCUGGUGGUAUCUUGGAGACCCAAGAGAUUUGGAAGCCCUAUGAGACAGAGGAAUAUGCUGCGCAGGCUGAGUACAAAUUGAAUGUCGAGGUCGAUCACAGCAAAGAUGGAAUUGUCGCCAGAGCGUCAUGCAACGGACAGCACUUGUCGCAACAAAACCUCGAUGACUUCAUGGCUGAAUUCGGUUCCGUCUUCCGAGAUAUCAUUGAGCAUCCUACAAGAUGUGCAACCGUCCUGCCUGAACGGCUGGGCGAAUUGCCGUUGAGACUGUCUGUGUCCAAGCCCCAAGAAGAGUCUGUCGAGGAUUCCGAAGCACCUCCGCACGAAGCCAUUGUGCAAUCUGUACUUGCAGAGGUUGCUGGACUUUCCGUGGACAACAUCAAACCAAACACUAGCAUCUUCAGCAUUGGCCUGGAUUCGCUGUCGGCUAUUCGCAUUGCCUCUAUUUGUCGAUCGAAGGGAGUUAGGACCGGCGUGGCUGACAUUCUUCAAGGAAAUACCCUGCGUGGUAUAAGUCAGCGCGUGCGGCCCAUGGAGGAGCAGACCGUGAAGCCCCAAGGGCCCCUUAUCGCGAAUUACGAGCGUACAGAAGAGGUGGUUGUUGAGAAGCUUGGACUUCAGAAAGAGGCUAUCGAAACGAUUUUGCCUUGUCUCGGCGGUCAAUUCUAUCAUCUUGUCAGCUGGUUGAGGUCUGGAAGGAAGCUGUUUGAGCCUGCAUGGCCCUACUUCAGCUCGGAACGUAUCGACACGACAAAGCUCGAGGACGCCUGGUAUCAGCUCCGUCAAAGACACCCAGUCCUUCGAACUUGCUUCGCAGCCAUCUCAUCUUCCGAGGCUGUCCAAGUCAUCAUGAAAGAGGCCGUCCGAGAUGCCAAAACCUUCAAGGUGAUCAAUUCAUCGGCAACCAUCACCGAGGCAGCCCAGGCUCAGGCAAAGGAGGAAGCAUUGAACCCAUCUUCUCUAUUUGUCCCGCCUGUGCGUCUUCGUCUCUUGAAGGCCAGCGAUCGGGACGGAAUUCUUGUCCUUGUGAACCAUGCCGCCUACGACGCGUGGACCAUGCCCAUGUUCGUGUCUGAACUUGAGAGCAUCUAUCGCGGUCAGCCAUUGGAGACUAACUCCGAUUUCGCGUCCUUUGUCGACUUCUCGGUCCGCUCCCUUCGUGAUCUUGACGAAAAGACAUACUGGACUUCCGCCAUCGGUUCUGGUGAGCGCACUGUCAUCAAGAAUGCUGCAGAGCGAAAUGGAAGUCAGCUUCCCGAUCAAGUGUUCGUUGGGGCCUGGGAGAAGGUCAAGAAUGUAUCCCAGCUCGAGACUUUGUGCCGUUCGGCAGGAAUCAGUCUACAGACCGUGGUCUUGCUUGCCGUCGCUCGCUGCCUCGCGCGCAUGACGGGCGUCAACAGCCCGACUAUGGGUCUGUAUCAAACCGGCCGAUCCGCCUCGUUCACCGAUAUCGAGAAACUCACCGGACCUUGUCUCAAUGUCAACCCAUUCACUGUCUCCGACGCAGUCUCUGAUUCAAGCCUCUUGGACAAGGCACAGGCCGUCCAAGCCUCUCUCGCGGAGCGUGUUUCCUUUGAGCAGAGCUCUCUUUGGGACGUUCUCCGAUGGGCUGGUGCUGAGCAGACCGGAACUCCUCUCUUCAACGCCUGGGUCAAUCUACUCUGGAUGCAGAACGCAAUGCCGUCAGUCGACGAUGCCACUCCCGAAAAGGAGCUGACCGAUAACGGCGAUCUCUUCCUGCCGCUUCGCAUCGGCGUUCCUACGGACUUUAUCCCCGUCGAGCCUUUGGCUGGAUUGGAGACUACUUCGGUGUCGGAAUUGGACACCUCUCUCCUUCCCAGUGACAAUGUCUACAUUGAUAUUGGACCCGAUCCCAAGACUGAUACGAUCGGCUUUGGUGUUCGUGUCGAGGGAGGACUUCUUGCGGAAGAAGAGGUUCACCAGCUGGUGAAUGAUGUUGCCAGCGAGAUUGAGGCGAUUGUCUCUUCGCUGCAGUGAUGGUCGCUUAUGAAGGCCAGAUGGAGGAUAUAUAUUGAUUGAAAAUGAAGCGAAAAGGGGGAAAAAAAAAGAGAGAAAAAAAACGAAGGGCAAAUAUAAGACAGAAUAUGUGUUGGACGUGUAUAUACUUUCGGGGUAUUUUGUUUAUUUUUGUAAUUAGAGCAUGUGUUUGUAUUUAGAAGCAAU